AUGAGCGCAGCCGUCCAAAAAAGAAUUCCGACCGUAGCUGUACCGGCACCAGCCACUACUACUUACUUCAAGCCAGCACCAUCUGAGAUUGCGUGGGGCAAGAUGAGGUUCUUGAUCACCGAUCGUCCCACCAACUCUUCCAUCCAGACCUACAUUGAGGAGCUGGAAAAGCAUGGAGCUAGGGCAGUUGUACGAGUUUGUGAGCCAACAUAUGACACCAAGGCUCUCAAGGAAGCCGGUAUCGAUGUACUCGAUUGGCAAUUCAACGAUGGAUCUCCACCUCCACCAGAGGUUAUCAAAAGCUGGUUUCAAUUGUGCCUGACUUCGUUCAAAGAUUAUCCAGACAAGAGCAUCGCAGUCCACUGUGUUGCCGGACUAGGCAGAGCACCCGUGCUCGUUGCCAUCGCUCUCAUCGAAGCUGGCAUGAAGUAUGAGGAUGCAGUGGAAAUGAUUAGAAAGUAA